ACCUUAUUACUAAAGAUUUGAGAAUUUCCUAACUAUUUUAGAUCUUCAGUAUUUUUGUUCUCAUGUACUCAUUCUGGAUUCUUGCUUGUUUUAAUGUUUCUGUCAUGUUAAACGUCUUGGUAGGUGCUUAUGAUGAAUCCACUCAGGUUACUGAGCUUGAAUAUCUUAUUCCUUUGGUUCUUAGCACAAAAUAGGUCACUAUUGCAUUUAAUGUCACGUUGACAUUCUUUAUGCAAAAAUGUCAUACUGAAGUAUAUUACGAUAUUGGAUCUUACUGUGAGUUUUGUGCUAGGCUAUUUUUGUUGGUGAUCACUGCCCAGCUUGGACCGGUCAUUAUGUGCAAGAAAGAGACACAUGCUAGACUUGCUCAAUCUCUAUUUGUGCGUUACAGGUACAAAACCGUAUGCAUCCUGCAUUAUCUGAGUUUCCAUCAAAUAGCUUUUAUGAAUUUACAUUCCAAACCAUCAAUGAAAGGCAAUCAACAUGCAUUGAUUUCACGUGGCCUGUGCCCAACCGUCCCAUGUUCUUCUAUGUUCAGGUCAUACAGUCUGAUGAUCGAUAAUUUAGCGGGCGGAAGAUCUCCAUAUGAUGAAGCAUUGCAUAAACUGUUUGAAGACUAUUAUUUGUUAGGAUUAGUUAUAUAA